UUGUUGCGUCACUUCCCAUUUCCGGUCCACGCCAUUGUUCCCGCGAAAGAAUAAAGAUUGUUUGUUUUUAGCGAUGUCAACUAAAAAAGAAAGAGCGGAGAUUGGCAAAUUCGUGCGUCAUCAAUUACGAGAUAAACCAGACCUGAGCAAACUGACUUUGGGGCUUUUAAAAAGACAAUAUCUGGUCCAUGUGGGACGCGAGUCAUUAAGUCCUGAAGCGAAGGCGGUCAUGAAGCAAGUGGUUCAAGAGGAGCUUGCAAAGAUGCAGGGUAAUGACGAUGAUGAAAGCGAUUCUGAAGAAGUCGAUGAGCCCCAAAACAAAAGGAAGAGAGAAAACCAGGAUGAGGAAAGUGAGGAAGAAAUUGAAUCCAGGGGGAAAAAAAGACGAUUCACGCCUUCAACAUUAUCAUCAGAUGAAACUGGAAGUGAAGAUGACCGUCAAUCAAGAUCAUCGUCUGAAGGUAGAACGGAAGAAGUAAAAACAAUCAGUCCGAAGAGAAAUCCAGAGAAUAAAGAGGAGCUUGUGAGCGACAACUCUACAGAUGAAGAAAUGAACGAGUCAAAGAGUAAAUCUAACGAAACAGGUGCUUGUAGUAGUCCUGAGCAAAAGCCGGACAGCCAAAAGAUCACAGCAAAUGGCAAAAAAGAACAAAUAAAAAAUGCAAGCGAUGGAAGGAAGACGUCUGAAAGUGAUGCAGAGAGCAGUUCUGGAAAGAGUGAUGCGAGCAAUGGCAAGGUUUCACCUGAAAACGAAGACAAAGCUUUGGUAAACAAAAGAGAUGAUGGAUCAGACUCAGAUUCAUCCUCACUUCCUUCCUUGGAGGAAGACAAGGAUCAUGGGAAAAAGGCAAAAGAUGAGAAGAAAAAGACAGCAAAGGGGGUGGAGACCAGCAGAAGCCAAAAGCAGGACGGCGACAAAGCAAUAGUAAAACUCAAACGCUACAUCUCCCUGUGUGGUGUGAGAAGAAAUUACAAGAAGCUCCUGGAAGGCUGUAAAUCGAUUCGAGCCAAAGUGGCUGUCCUAAAGAAAGAACUGGAAGAUCUCGGUGUCCAAGGUCAGCCGUCUCUUGAGAAGUGUAAAAAAAUCAGAAUGAAAAGGGAGGAAGCUCAGGAACUGGCCGAGCUUGAUGUUGGGAACAUUAUCGCUACACAAGGACGGCCUAAACGCAGAGGAAUUUCAGCAAGGCAGGAAUACAAUGAAUCCCCAUCGCCUGCUUAUCAGCGCACUCUCAACUCAAGCUCUGGCAGUGAUCAAGAAAACAAUUCUCCCAGAGAACGCAAAAAAGUAUCAGAUUGGGCCAACCUGCGUGGGAUCAUCAGUGAUGACGGAGACAGUUCCUAGUAGCACUAAUUAUCGUUCAUGUAUUCAUUGUCAUAUUAUGACAGAAUUUAAGAGGUUUAUAUUCUUUGUUGUGGUGUGACCCAUAUUUUAAUUUCUUUUAAAUAAAACUGUUUAUAUUGUUUACA